GCAGUUUUGCUUGUCGUUUCUUCCAUUCUCCCGAUAUUUUCUUUUAUGUAUUUUUAAAAUGCCCAUUUAAGCACAACGAUGAACGAAUAUUCCAUUAAAUUCUAGCGGAUCUAAUGGUCAUGAUAAAUGUACAAGAUAGUAGGAUUGACCAAGGGGAAAAGGUCACAUCCCAGUCAAACCACUUCCCGCUGACCGUCGUUGGGCAGGAGGAAAGUCGCACCUCAACAAGCACCACAGAUAUCGAAACUGUGAGAAUUCAGCAGGAUAGUGAAAAGAAAAAGCAAAGUCGAUUGCGUAAACUAUUACGGAUACGACCAAACUCUGAUAUUUUUCCCAAGACGUAUCCCGGGCCUACUUCCGCUCCGGCCGUAUUGGAUGUAUUGGAUUUGGCUGUAGUGAAUGUACCUUCUGUCGAAGACGGCACCCUGAGUUCGUCUCCCCCCAGGACAAAAUACACUGACGAAAAGUCCAAAACGGGCCUGUGGAAGAAGCUCCAAAGACGAAAUACGACUCCGAUAAAACGGAUUGAUAGGUCAUCUGAACAAACAGAGCAAUGGACAUCCAUCCUGAUCAAGGACGAUCAACAUCAGCAAGCAAAAUGUCUCCCGGAUGCUCCUGAUCAAUGCCCCCAAUUUAGUACCCCAUCGUUGCCCUCAAAAGACAAUCGCGUGGUUCGAUUCGUAGAUUCAUUCUCCGACACUGACGAAUGGGUCGCCGAUGCAGAGCUGGACUCUGAGUCCGACCCAAACAGUCUUGGCAGCGGGGACGACAGCGGCAACUCCGACGGCAAGCAGAGAACAAAAAAGAAGACAAAGCGAAAAACAAAGCCGAGAGGCAAAUCGAGACGACUUGCAAAAAAGUUAUCACAUCAGUUUGCAGACAUGUUCUCUUGGUUUGGUGGACGUGGUCCCGCCGGUGCAGGAAGCUCCUCCGAAGCAGAGGCAGUUAACAAUCCUGUAUUGCAUUUGGUGACCGCGGCGUUGAAAGUUGAGAAUGAUCCGGAUUUGACGCCGGCAUCCGGAGACCACAUGGGGUCUGAUCACUUGGCCGACGACAGAUCUUCCAUCCAUUCUCUCUUCCUCGAAGCCACGGAUGCGCUGGCGGAACCGGAAAACACACCCGAUACAGAUGGCGACAUCUUUUCACAAAGUUCUGGCGAGAGCGAUGGGGAGGAUAGCUCGCCUGUACUGACACCUGCAGGGCAAUCUACGGCCAACUUGACAAUCGCUGAAAAACUCCAGAUCGCAUUUGAAUUACCGGAAACCGAACCAUAUCGUGGUGAAUUCGCCUGCUGGCUCGUUCGCUCUGUUCUCCUGAAAGGAAAUAUAUACAUGACGGACAGUCAUAUAUGCUUUUAUGCAAGUCUGCCUCGAGAAUACGGAUCAAUUCAGCAUUCGGGCUUCCUCAGAAAACGAGCAAAAGCACCACGAAAAGGCUCCGCAACUUUUUGGUUUGUUCUCAAGGACGAUACACUGAGUUUCUACCGUAAUUCGACGAACCUCUAUUAUCCGCUCGGAAGAGUGAAUCUAAAGAACGUAGUCGAUGUCCAAAAGUCCAAGCAGCAUCAGAGGGGCUUUAGUAUUGUGACCAGGGACAAAAAGUACCGCUUCAAGGCGGACACAGAAACUGCCAGAGAGGAGUGGAUGAAGGCACUGAAGGCGUCUAUGGUCAGGGCCAGGAAUGAGGGAGAUGACGUUCGGAUUGUCCUUCCUUUUGCUAACAUUACGGAACUUGAACUGAGCGGAUCAUCAUCUGUCACUGACUCAUUGAGGAUUAAGGUUGUGGAUGACGAAUCAGCGUUGGCAGAAGAGUAUUUCUUUGCCUACUUCAACAAUCUCCCUUACGCUUACUCGACGCUGAUAGAUCUUUGGCAGCCGCAACGUUCCUCACCCACACGUCCUUCGAACCCCCGUCGUAAAAGCAUGUACGAUACAACAGCCACCUCGGCCCUUCCCUUAAAGCCAGCCGACGUGUCAAGCCGAUCCGGUCUACCAACUCCAACAGGCAGUAUGGCCCUCCUUCCCCCUGCCGCGGAAACUCCAUCCAAUAGUCAUCACCGCCGGACUCAAAGUGAGCAUCCCCAGUCCGGAAGCCCCACGUCCGAAAGUGACAGCCCGCGACAAAGAAUAUCAGAAGAUGGAGAUGCAACGGAUUCUUCGUCACACCCUUCGCGUUCGUCCAUGUCCUCUACCUCUGCGUCGGAGUUUGGUCAGUCUGGAGGGGAAGGGCCAUCUCGACCGGCAAGCGGCUGGAGAAGAAAGUUGGGCCAUCGGAAAACUAGGUCGGAUGCUGGUGUUUUGAGGGACAUGAGCGUCGUUUCGGGUAUAGGGGGAUCGCAGCCGUCGCAGCCGACACAAAAGCAGCAGCAGCACAAGGAGAUAAAGGCUGAUGAGUUUAGGAAAACUUUUGCGUUACCCGAUUCAGAACAACUCAUUGCAUCCUACCACUGCUCUCUACAUCGGACCGUCCCACGCCUCGGCAAACUUUACAUCUCCUCCAAUCACCUCUGCUUCAAAUCAAAACGAGUCGGCAUCCGAACCCGAUUACUUGUUCCCCUAAUUGAUAUUGUAGACGUCUUGGAAGCACCAGGUUUUGGAUGGCGACUCAGGAUUACUACACGAGCCGGGGAUGUAUUUCUGUGCGAGUUUCAUUCGCCGGAUGUGAGAAGUAGGUGUCUCGAGGUGUUGGGACGCUGUCUUCGAGAAAUGGACUGUGCGGACACGAAAGGGGUAGAACGAGCUUUGAGUCCGUUAAGACAUCAAGCCUCGAUUUUGGACGAUAUCGAGAGAAGCGACUCCCAUGUUCGGCCUUCGGAACUUUACAAUCCACCCGUCCCUGCCGCUCUUCACAUCACACUACUCACGAUUGGGACUCGUGGAGACGUUCAACCUUACAUUGCUCUGGGCCUCCGUUUGCAGACGGACGGUCACACUGUUCGUAUUGCGACGCACUCUGAAUAUAAGGACUGGAUUGAAGGAUUUGGCAUCGAGUUUCGGGAAGUCAAAGGCAAUCCUGCAGAGUUAAUGCGGCUGUGUGUGGAAAAUGGGAUGUUUACGGUUGGGUUUCUGAGGGAGGCUGUGUCAAAGUUUCGUGGCUGGGUAGACGAGCUCCUCCUAUCAGCCUACGAAGCCUGCAAGGACACCAACCUCCUAAUCGAAUCACCAACCGCCAUGGCCGGUCUCCAUAUUGCCGAGCAUCUUCAGAUUCCCUACUUUGCCGCCUUCCCAAUGCCAUGGACACGUACGCGGUACUAUCCACAUCCUUUUGCCGUUCCAGAUCGCAAGCGGAAAGGGUUGGGAGGAUUGGGAGGAAGCUAUAAUUGGAUGACACAUGUUAUGAUCGAGGGGUUGUUGUGGAGGGGAGUGAGUGGGCAAGUGAAUCGGUUUCGGAGGAAAACGUUGGGGAGGCCGCCUAUCCAACUAGGCACUCUCAACGACCAUAAAAUCCCCUUUCUCUACAGCUUCAGCCCCACCGUUGUCCCACCCCCACCCGACUGGCAAGAUUGGAUUCACACCACGGGGUACUGGUUUCUCGAUGAUUCCGACCCGGACUGGACUCCACCAGAGGAUCUACGACAGUUUUUAGAGGAAAGCAAGGGAAUGCCGGUUGUGUAUAUCGGAUUUGGUAGUAUCGUUGUCAGCGACCCAGACGAAAUGACUCGGACGAUUAUAUCUGCGGUUUUAAAGUCCAAUGUACGGGCUAUCCUUUCUAAAGGAUGGUCAGGUCGUCUUGCCACUUCAACACCGUCCGAACCUAUCACAUACCCACCCCAAAUCUAUCCACUUACCAAACCCGCACCCCAUUCAUUCCUCUUUCCCCUCUGCACGGCUGCUAUCCACCAUGGAGGGGCUGGAACAACAGCCGCAACACUCCGCGCUGGAAUACCAAUGUCUAUUCACCCCUUUUUCGGUGAUCAAUUCUUUUGGGCGGACCGGAUAUCUGAUCUGGGAGUGGGUGUCACGCUACGGAAAUUGAGCGUAAAUAAACUAUCGUCAGCACUCGAGACACUCGUCACUGAUACCAAGAUGCAACAACGUGCCCGGGUCGUUGGGGAACGAUUGCAAAAAGAGGAUGGCGUUGGGGAAGCGAUCCGAUGUAUUUACAGGGAUUUGGACUUUGCUCAGGAGAGAAUUAAACAUGUAAAAACUUGGGUUGAUGAGCGGUGGGGUGGGUCGACAUUGUGGAGCGGGGAUAAAAAAGAUAAGGAAAGGGAUAUAGCGGAGAGAAGGGCUGCCGAGAGCGGAUGAUGGGCAUUUAUUAGGUUAUAUCUUGUUGGAUUAUUGAUUAAAUUAAUAGAUAAUAAUAGUGGCAUCCCUACAAAUGCUUUGGGAAAGUGCCCUGACG